AUGGGAAAUGGUAUAAGCAAACUCAAUCUAAAUUGUCAUGUCAAAAAUUCCAUUGGAGAACAAAACCUCUAUGAACUCGACGACUUUCAUUCUCAUAAACUCGAUCAUUAUUGUUACAAAGUUUUAAAAGCAGCCACAGGGAAGUUUUGCAACAAGAAUCUAGCAGGACAAGGAGGUUGUGGUGAUGUUUAUAAAGGGUGGAUAGAUUAUCGCGCAAAAGAUUCUGCAAAACCAGGACAUGGUUUAACUGUUGCUGUUAAAAGGAUCAAGAAGGAAGGUGUUCAAGGCAUAGAUGAAUGGAGGAAUGAAUUGAAGAUUUUGAGUAGUUUUAAACAUCCAAAUGUAGUGAAACUGUUGGGAUAUUGUGCUGAAGGUAUGCACAGGAUGCUAGUGUUUGAGUUCAUAUCUAAUGGAAGCUUGGAGGAGAAUCUUUCAAGAGAAUGCAGUAUGGAACUUAACUGGAGAAAAAGAAUCAAAAUAGCUAAAGGGUUAGCACGAGGUCUCGAGUAUCUUCACACCAUGGACAGACCCGUCAUCCAUCGCGACAUUAAAUCCGCCAAUAUUCUUCUUGAUAAUGAUUUCAAUCCAAAGAUUGCAGAUUUUGGGCUCUCAAGAUUCGGGCCACAGGGUGACAAAUCACAUGUCUCAACCUUGGUUCUUGGAAGUAAAGGCUACUUUGCACCCGAGUACAUUGGCACAGGUCAUUUGACAUUGAAAACAGAUGUUUAUAGCUUAGGGGUUGUACUUUUGGAGAUCCUUUCAGGGUUAAAAGCGGUUAAAAGGUAUCCAAAUGGAAAGUUAACAGAACUUGCUCAUUGGGCUAGACCAUAUCUUAAUGAUAGAAAAGAACUACAUUGUGUGAUUGAUAAAAGGAUUGUAAAGAAUUUGGAUGUUGAAGAAGCUAAUGAGUUUGCUACCAUUAUUCAACAAUGCCUUAGUGUAGAUCCAAGAAAACGUCCAACAAUGACGCAAGUUUUGCAUAGUUUAGAUCGGCUAGAACGGAAUAUGGAUAGAUGGAAUUAUAAUUUCGGCAAUGGACAUGUACUUACAAAACAAUACCAUAAUAUUUUGUGA